AGCUCGGAGCCUCAUUCAGCAGCCUCUGCCCGUGGAGUGUAAUAGGCUGAAGAUGCUGCCGUGUCUGCUCAGUGUCUAGUUGUGAAUGGGACUUGACUCCUCUCCCUCCUCCGGAGGUGGCCAAGGGAAGCAGCCAGCCCCGCCCGACCCGCAGCCAGAGCUGAAGUACUGGAUGAGCGGCAGCAGAAACCUUACAUCUGCAUUGUCAUCAUAGUCUCAUUAAGUGGCAUUUCAAAUGUGUGGAAUAUGCUACAUAAAUUGGCAACAAGUUUCCACUGGGUGAAGGAUUUAAGUUGGGAAGCUGCAGAACAUUAAAGAAGUGAUGUGCUUAAUGUGUGGUGGCAUCCUAUGUGCACAACAUUUUAUCUGAAACUUUUCAGUAGCCCCAAACUUUUUGACUUCCAAGGUGGAAGAGGUAGAUUCUUGGAUAUUCCUGUGCCUACAAAAUAACCAAAAAUGAAAGAGGACAAUUGUUUACAGGCCACUCUUAUCUUCCUGGGCAUGUUCUAUUACAGCCAUGCCAUAACUACAGAAAAACUGAACCAUGCAAGGCCAUCACUUCAUGGUCACCAUGAAAAAGGAAAAGGACAAGUUCUGCAUCGUUCAAAAAGAGGCUGGGUGUGGAAUCAGUUCUUUGUUAUAGAAGAGUAUACGGGACCAGAUCCUGUACUAGUAGGAAGGCUUCAUUCAGAUAUUGAUUCUGGAAAUGGAAACAUUAAAUACAUUCUCUCAGGUGAAGGAGCAGGAAUCAUUUUCGUUAUUGAUGACAAAUCAGGGAACAUCCAUGCAACAAAAACACUGGACCGGGAGGAGAGAGCUCAGUACACUCUCAUGGCACAAGCUGUAGACAGGAACACUAACAGACCUUUAGAACCACCUUCUGAAUUCAUUGUUAAAGUUCAAGAUAUAAAUGACAACCCGCCUGAGUUUCUUCAUGAAAACUACCAUGCAAAUGUGCCAGAGAGAUCAAAUGUAGGUACGUCAGUUAUUCAAGUAACAGCUUCAGAUGCUGAUGAUCCUACCUAUGGGAACAGUGCCAAAUUGGUUUACAGUAUUCUUGAAGGUCAGCCAUACUUCUCUGUGGAAGCUCAAACAGGAAUUAUCAGAACUGCCCUUCCGAAUAUGGACAGAGAAGCUAAGGAAGAGUAUCACAUUGUCAUACAGGCAAAAGAUAUGGGAGGACACAUGGGAGGCCUCUCAGGGACAACCAAAGUGACAAUUACACUUACAGAUGUCAAUGACAACCCACCAAAGUUCCCACAGAGUGUGUACCAGAUGUCAGUGUCAGAAGCAGCUGUCCCAGGAGAGGAAGUAGGAAGAGUGAAGGCCAAAGAUCCAGAUAUUGGGGAAAAUAGCUUGGUAUCUUACAGCAUUAUUGAUGGAGAUGGCAUGGAUAUGUUUGAAAUUACAACAGAUUAUGAGACUCAGGAAGGUGUUGCAAAGCUUAAGAAGGUCUUGGAUUUUGAAACCAAAAAGUCCUACAGUCUGAAGGUAGAGGCAGCCAAUGUACAUAUUGAUCCUAAGUUCAUCAGCAAUGGACCAUUCAAGGACACAGUAACAGUGAAGAUAUCAGUGGAAGAUGCUGAUGAGCUACCUGUGUUUUUAAAGCCAAGUUAUAUUUUUGAAGUACAAGAAAAUGCAGCAUCAGGUACCGUGGUUGGAAAAGUACAUGCCAAAGACCCUGAUGCUGCAAACAGUGCUAUAAGAUAUUCAAUUGAUCAUCACACUGACCUUGAAAGAUGCUUUAUUAUUAAUGCAGAAGAUGGCAAUAUCAAGACAAUAAAAGCUUUGGAUAGGGAAGAAAUUGCUUGGCAUAAUAUCUCUGUCUUUGCAGUUGAAGUCCACAAACAACACCGGGAAGCCAAAGUUCCAGUUGCAAUUAAAGUUGUUGAUGUCAAUGACAAUGCUCCAAAAUUUGCAGCAGCCUAUGAAGCGUUUGUCUGUGAGAAUGCUCGAAGCAAUCAGCAAUUUAUUACAAUUAGUGCUGAUGACAAGGAUGACUCAGCUAAUGGACCAAGAUUUACCUUCAGUUUACCACCAGAAAUUAUUCAUAAUCCAAAUUUUACACUCAGAGACAACAGAGAUAACACAGCAAGUGUUCUUGUUAGACGUGAAGGAUUUAGUCACCAAAAGCAAGAUUUAUAUCUUCUUCCUGUUGUAAUAAGUGAUGGUGGACUCCCGCCUAUGAGCAGCACCAACACCCUCACCAUUCGGGUCUGCAGCUGUGACAGCAAUGGCUCCUUGCUCUCCUGCAAUGCCGAAGCCUACAUCUUCAAUGCUGGAUUAAGCACUGGAGCUUUAAUUGCUAUUCUUGCUUGCAUUGUGAUUUUGUUAGUCAUUGUAGUGUUGUUUGCAACACUGAAAAGGCAGAAAAAAGAACCUCUGAUUGUUUUUGAAGAAGAAGAUGUGCGAGAGAACAUUAUUACUUAUGAUGAUGAAGGUGGAGGAGAGGAAGAUACUGAAGCUUUUGACAUAACUACUUUGCAGAACCCUGAUGGCAUCAAUGGAUGUAUUCCUCGUAAAGACAUAAAACCUGAGUACCAGUAUAUGCCAAGACCAAGGCUUUGGCCGGCUCCCAAUAGCAUUGAUGUUGAUGAUUUCAUCCACACAAGAAUACAAGAGGCUGAUAACGAUCCAACUGCUCCCCCUUAUGACUCUAUUCAGAUCUAUGGCUAUGAAGGAAGAGGCUCAGUGGCUGGUUCACUUAGCUCAUUAGAGUCAGCGACAACAGAUUCUGAUUUGGACUACAACUAUCUACAAAAUUGGGGACCUCAAUUCAAGAAACUUGCAGACUUGUACGGCUCCAAAGACACUUUUGAUGAUGAUUCUUAA